CGCAGAGGACAGGGGUGGCUCGGUGCAGGUCAUGUGGAAUGAGAGUGAGAUGGUUGUGCUCUGAAGACCACGGAGGAGUGGGCAGCCACUGCUACGACCCAGACAGCGGCCACGACAGCGGAGCCGAGGACACCCUGGACGGCCCACCUCCUUUCUGUUUCCUCACCGUGGGACAGGGCAAGCUCUUUCUGCCCCAGGCUUGCCUCAGCAGCCCCAGCAGUCCUGGCGCACAACCCUCCGGGGCACCGUCCUCCACUGUCAACCACACCCUUGCUCUCCCCUUGCCCCCUCGACUAGGCCUGUGCCUGGACUUUGACAAAGGCCGUGUCAUCUACUACGAUGCACAGUCACUCCGCCCCCUGUGGGAUGGGCCGGUCGAUUGCUCCGGCCCCAUUUGCCCAGCUUUCUGUUUCAUCGGCGGAGGUGCUCUACAGCUGCAGGAGAUGGUGGCGAGCCGCAGUGCAGAGCAGGCUCCAGCCAGGAAGGUCACCAUCCAUUGUAAGGUGCCCGGCUUCAGUAAAUGA